UCUCCUCCUCUCCUCCAUCCUGGCAUUUAAAACAUAAAAAAAGAAAAAGCGGAAAACCAUGUAAAGAUGGCGGAGCUGCAGAUGCUCUUGGAGGAGGAGAUUCCAGCCGGCCGGAGGGCUCUACUGGACAGCUUCACGAACCUGGAGCGGGUGGCCGAGUACUGUGAGAGUAACUACAUCCAGUCGGUGGAUAAGCACAGAGCCCUCGAGGAGACCAAGAACUACACGACGCAGUCGCUGGCCAGCGUGGCCUACCUGAUCAACACCUUGGCCAACAAUGUGCUGCAGAUGCUCGACAUUCAGGCGUCCCAGCUGCGCCGCAUGGAGUCCUCAAUCAACCACAUCUCACAGACUGUGGAUAUUCACAAGGAGAAGGUGGCAAGGCGGGAGAUUGGCAUCUUGACCACCAAUAAGAACACAUCACGUACCCACAAGAUCAUUGCUCCAGCCAAUCCCGAGAGGCCGGUGCGUUACAUCCGCAAACCCAUUGACUUCAAUGUCCUGGACGACAUCGGCCAUGGGGUGAAGUGGUUGCUUAGGUUCAAGGUCAGCACGCAGAACAUGAAGAUGGGCGGCCUCCCUCGCACCAACCCACCCACUCAGAAGCCACCGAGCCCACCUGUGCCCGGAAAGGGAACUAUUGGGCGGCACUCCCCCUAUAGGACGCUCGAGCCGGUGCGUCCCCCUGUGGUCCCUAACGACUAUGUUCCCAGCCCGACACGCAACCUGGCGCCUGCACAGCAUCAGAGCCCCGUUCGCACAGCGUCGGUUAACCAGAGGAACCGCACAUACAGCAGUGGAAGCAGUGGGGGCAGCCACCCCAGUAGUCGCAGUAGCAGCCGUGAGAACAGUGGGAGUGGCAGUGUGGGCGUACCUAUUGCUGUGCCAACUCCCUCCCCACCCAGCGCCUUCCCAGCCUCAACUGCUGGGGCUGCAGCUGCCUCUGCUGCCCUACCCAAUCCUGCUCCCACCACCACUUCCUCUACCACUGUCACUGCCUCUAGCCCACCUAGUGCCCCACCACCCACCCCUAACCCUUCCCCUGUGCCCACUACUGAGGCACAAAAGCCUACUGCUGAAGCCUCCAUUCCCUCUCAGCACCCCCCUUCUGCUGCUGCCGCCACCUCUACCACCAACACCACCCCUGCGCAAGGUACCGCUCCUCAGUUCUACAGCAUGAAUCGACCAGUGUCCCGACACAACCCCCCUGCUGUUGGAGGGUCCCUGCCAUACCGCCGCCCCCCCUCUGUCACAGGCCAACCCAAUCUGCCCCAGAGCCAGGCCAACGGGGGGCCCUACUACAACCAGAACCAAGGCUCGCUCGCCCCCCCUCCCCCUUCCAUUCUGCAGAUCACUCCACAGCUCCCCCUGGUGGGCUUCGUGGCUCGGGUUCAAGAGACCAUCUCAGAUGCUCCCCCACCACCCCCUCCUUCAGACGAGUCGGUGUUUCAAGAGUCACCUCCACCACCCCCUCCCCCAGAAGACUACGAGGAGGAGGAAUCGGCUGUGGUGGAGUACAGCGAUCCCUAUGCAGAAGAGGACCCGCCCUGGGCCCCACGUACCUACUUGGAGAAAGUGGUAGCAAUCUACGACUACACAAGAGACAAGGAAGAUGAGCUGUCAUUCCAGGAGGGCGCCAUCAUAUAUGUGAUCAAGAAGAACGAUGACGGCUGGUACGAGGGUGUAAUGAGUGGUACCACAGGGCUCUUCCCUGGCAACUAUGUGGAGUCAAUCAUGCACUACAAUGAGUGAUGUUCAGGGGGUGACCUUACCCAUCAUACACACAUUUACACACAAUGGAUUGAUAAUCUGAGAGGGCAUAAAACAACAGUUGUAAUGGGGUGGGGGAAUUGUGCAUUAUUAAUGAAGAACAAAUAAUAGUGACCCUAAAAUCAAAACACAUGGACAGUUAUAACAAGAAAAACAGCUAUUUCCAUAUGUUUAAAUGAGAAGUUGCAUUGAAGUGGAUUAUUGUGGUUGUUAAACUAUUGCCUCUUGUGUAACAGGGAGAGAACAAGAAAUCCAGGGUUACUAUUCUUUGGUUUCCCUCCUGUUUUUACCUUGAUCUUUUUUUUGGUCAUCUGAAGCUUGACUGGCACCCAUCGCCUACGUUGGGGUUGACCGAUGCCUCCACGUAGUGCAUUGUGGGAGAAAGGAUGCAAAAUGACAAAAGGGAAUAUCUGUUGUAAUUAUGCUGCCAAUGUUGUUUGCCAAGGUCACAUGUGGGCCAAAUGAAAUACUGUCCCCUCCCCAAUCAAGUUCUACACCUCUGUCUCUGUGCUUUAAGAGUUGAAAUGUUUACACAUAUUCCACAUGGGGAAAUGGUUUGUGUGUAUCCCAUCUCCUUUAUCAAACAGGUUGGCUGUUGUAUAAUAAAUAACGCCAUGUUUAAGCCAGAUAUUUCUUAUUGAGAUAUUAUGAUUUCUCAUUCAGAAUAGCACACUAUACCCAAGUUGAUUGGAUAGUUAAUUUUCAGGUAGAGGAUUCUCUCUGAGGUGAAGAGGAGUACUGAUAAUCUUAUCUGUAUUCAGACUCAUUCUUGGUGUACCACCUUGUUCUGGCCUUCCAUUAAUAGUACCAAAAAUAAAUUCUGCAGUAACCUGCAGAGACAGCCUUUCUCAUGUUUUAACAGGAAGUGGAGAAUCGGUCAACCCUCACUCAUAUGCAGUACUAAGUUGUAUAGGUAACCUUGUUGACUUUGUUUAAUUUUUGUACAUUUAAAUGAUUCCUUUUUUUUUUUUUUUUUUUGUUCUUUCGUGUAGUGGAUUUAAUCAAACAGCCCAUUUGACUUUCAGCUAUUGUGUAUAGUGUUUCAUAGACUGCAUGCUCUAAUAAAACAGAUCUUCAAAUGAUUUAUUCACAUUUCACCACAUUUGUUUAUUUUGACUCUUGCUGUUAGCUUUUUGUUGCUCAUCAGCAAUUGUGGGCAGCAGUGCUCACCACCAUUCAAUGUCAUAUUGCUUUGGUGGAAAGUAAAGUGCCAUACAGUGUUGUUCUUCAGUGUUGUGUAAUGUUAUAAAUGUGUGUGCCUGUCUGCGUGUGUGUGGCACUUUACAGUACUGACCAAUCUUUUUGUUCAGCUCAACCAACUUAUGGACCAUAAGUCAUUUCCUUUCUCAUCACAUAAACAUGAACCUGUAAUUUGUGUUUCAGAAUAUUAACGGGUAUUAAAAAAUAAUUUAUAUAUAUACAUAUACAAUACACACACAACACAGGGACAUUUACAAGUCAUCACAUAGCUUCCCAAUAAUAUUUACACAUAAAUUUCAGGUGGAUAAAGACAAACUGUCAAAUUAGGAAAUUUGUUCCAUCUCAUGUUGCACAGUAGUAUUUGAGCCAAAACUGGAUUACUGCUGCGAUGAAAUGAAAGCUAAAUGUAUCCAUGGGUAUUUGCAAUAAUUCCAGGUAUGUGAUGAUCUGAAAUAUCUAAUUUUGUAUGAUUUUCAUUAUUGAAAGCACACUGUUUUGUAGACAGGAUUAUGUAAGAAUAAGAAAUUACCUGAACAAAUAAUGUAUUUUUGUUUGUCUAGGUACUCGUGAGUUUGGAGAGGCCAAUUAGAGCCACACAGUGUCAUGAAAAUUAUGAUCACGCCAAAACAACAAAGAUCAAACUUGUUGAUAGGUCAUAUUAGGGGUAAUACAGAAACUUGCCCCAAAGACUAAGAUGUUUAUUUCAAAGUGUGAGGUUAGGUGGGCUUGCCUGUUUCCUCGCGCGUGAAGGUGCAAUGUUUAUCUCUGUGUCCAAACUUUUUCUUAAAAGUGGUUUGGUACUUGUGACUAUUGCAUGUCGUUGUUCUGUCGUUUUGCACUCAUUGAUAUCUGUAGCGGAGCGACAAGAGCGCUGCCCCAAAACUGGACACAAGUCAGGGGCCACAAGCAACUGGCUUAGUGCACAGCGGUUAACAUGUGACCCUUGACUCUUAGUCAGCGGGCAGGUGUCAAACCAGUUAUGGGCAGAGGAACCGGCAUCUUAAGAAAAGUUCAAUAAAAUUACU